AUGGGUGAAUACCAACUAAUAAAUAAUAAUACAAUUAAAAUCCUCGGCAUCAUAUUCGACAGAAAAUGUUCCUGGACCCACCACAUCAACUCCUUGAAAAACUCAAUUUCUCCACGUCUCAAUGUUAUAAAAAUGUUAUCCCACACAUCAUGGGGUUCUAAAACUCAUGUUCUAUUAACAAUAUACAAGUCACUUAUACUUUCUAAAUUCGAUUACGGAUCCUUCAUUUGGACAACGGCACAUAAAUCAAUAUCAAAGAAACUAGAUACAAUCCACAACUCAGGUCUCCGUAUGUCAAUUGGCGCUUAUCGUUCAAGUCCAAUUCCUAGUAUCUAUAAUCUUGCCUGCACACAACCUCUAGACAUAAGAAGACUCAAAAUUACAUUGAAUCACGAAUUAAAAUUAGCAAGUACCCUUCCUACUCUUGACUUCAAACCAAUAUUUCAAAUGUUACCAUCAUUACUCCAGGAGAACAACCUUGAUACUUCCAAAAUACUCACUAUUACUCCCUCUCUCACCCCCCAAUGGAAAAAUCUCAUUGAAACCAACACUGAACUUUCUAUAUUCAAAAAAGACGACACACCCCCUUCCAUCUACAAAAAAGAAUAUUUCCACAUAAUUCAAAACAUCACAAGUGAAAAAAUGUAUACAGAUGCAUCCAAAAGCCAAGACGGGGUUGGCGCUGCAGUAAUCUGGAAUAAUUCGGAACUCAUGUAUAAACUUCCUAGCACUUGCUCAGUUUUCACAGCAGAGUCAAUCGCCAUAUUAAAAGCACUCGACAUAAUAACCGAUCAUCACCUACAAGACACCAUUAUCUUCACUGACUCCCUCAGCGCUAUCAACAAUAUUAAAAACACAUAUAACCCAUCAGACAUCGGCCUACAUAUUCAGAAUAAAAUCCACACUUUACAAUACCAUAAUAAUUUCAAAAUCAAACUCUUCUGGAUCCCCGGACAUUCGAGCAUAAAAGAAAACGAACUAGCUGAUCUCGCCGCCAAAUCUGCAAUCUCCUCUCCACUAUCAACGUCCUCACAAAUAAUCUCUUCCAGCGACAUACGAUCACUUAUAACAAAGAAAUGUCAACAAACAUGGCAUCAGAGGUGGACUUCUUAUUACACAAAAUUAAAUCGUAUAAAACACAACACCGUCAAUUGGACAUUUCCUAUCGAAAUCCACAGAAAAUUCGAAGUCAUAAUAACCAGACUCAGAAUUGGACAUACGAAAAUCUCUCACAGUUUCCUAAUGGCCAAGGAAGAACCACCCAUGUGCCCAUCCUGUGGUGUCCAAGUCACCAUCAGCCACAUCCUCACCGAAUGCCAAACAUACCACAAUACCCGAACCAGCCACAACCUGCCCGAAUCACUCUCCGAAAUAUUAAGCAACCACCCUCAAGCCAUAGUCAACAUCAUCAAAUUCAUCGCAGCCGCCAAUCUUCAAACCAAAAUUUAG